AUUCCCAAAGAUUAACAUGUUGAUCAUAUAACUUUGUACCCAUUAUUUUCAUUCUUCAUUAUUCAGUUUUCUAUUCUCUUCUCUCUCUCUCUCUCUCUCUCCUCUUCAUAGUUUUGCAGAAGAUAUAACUGUUUUUCUAGAGAGAGAAAGAGAGCCCAAAAAAAUGGAGAAUAAUAUAAGCAUGGUGGAGGCAAAACUUCCUCCUGGUUUUAGGUUUCAUCCCAGAGAUGAAGAAUUGGUUUGUGAUUAUUUGAUGAAGAAAAUUGGUUCUGUUUCUGAUUCUUCUUCUCUCUUGAUUGAAGUUGACCUCAAUAAGUGUGAGCCUUGGGAUAUUCCAAGAGAAGCAUGCGUGGGGGGAAAAGAGUGGUACUUCUUCAGCCAGCGGGACCGUAAGUACGCGACUGGGCUUAGAACAAACCGCGCCACGGCCUCAGGGUAUUGGAAGGCCACUGGCAAGGACCGGCCCGUCUUUCACAAGGCCAAUCAACUCGUUGGGAUGAGGAAAACCCUUGUUUUCUACCAAGGAAGGGCCCCUAAAGGCCGAAAGACUGAGUGGGUUAUGCAUGAAUUUCGUCUUGAGGGUCCAUUUUCUCCUCUCAAAGAUCCAUCUCCAAAGGAGGACUGGGUUCUGUGCAGAUUGUUCUGUAAACACAAAGAAGUUACUGUCCAACCGAGCACAGGAAGCAGCAGUUGCUACAACGACAUCGUUGCCUCAUCGUCUCUCCCAGCUUUAAUGGAUUCAUACAUCAGUUUUGACCAAAAUCCAAGUAGCCAUUUAAAUGAGUAUGAGCAAGUGCCCUGCUUCUCCAUUUUCUCUCAAAACCAAACCAUCCCAUCUCUCACAAACCUCAUACAAAUGGAGCCAAACACAGCCAAUAACAUCAAGAACUUUGGCUCCAUGUUUGGAGGAAUGCCAAAUCCAAAUUCAGGCACUUUUUCUUCAAAUGUUGACCCUUUUGCUUGUGACUCAAAAGUACUUAAGGUUGUUCUAAAUAACAUUACUAAGAUGGAAACAAAUGGAAACUCCUUCAUAGGGCAACCUAGCUUGGGAGAAGGCAGCUCUGACAGCUACUUAUCUGAGGUUGGAGAUGAUAUGGCCAGCUUAUGGAACAGAUGACCCAGAAGAAAAAUGGAGAAAUAUUUAAAAAAAAAAAAAUCAGAAGAUUGUUGUAAAGAAAAAUGAUGAUUGAGAUUAAGAAGGAUUAUAGUUUUUUUUUUUUUUUUUUUUUAAAUCCCAAUUGUAAAUUUUAUUGCAUACUUGGGGAACUUUUCAAAGCCUAAUUCAUGGUUGAUGAAGUGUAACACUGAUCAGUUGAGUACUCAUGGACUCGAUGUUUUAUUUUUUAUUUUUCUUAACUA